CCUCUCCACCACUUCGAUCGUUGAUACGACAUCAUCUCAUACUAGAGAUACAUCCACUACAACAACUAAAGAACAACAAAACAACACAACAACAGACAGAAACAAAAUAAAAGAGACAUGAAGGUCUUUUCCAACUCAGUCACCUACGACUACUCGUGGGACGAAGUCUCCACGGCCAACUGGCGCAAGUACGGCCCAUGGAACAACAAGUCGGAGCACGUCAUCGCCGUCGACACCCUCUCGCGCCGCGUCGACCCGGACACGGGCGUCCUCCGCACCGAGCGCCUCAUCACAUGCAAGCAGGCGGCGCCCGAAUGGAUCAAGUCGCUGCUGGGCGGCAACAUGGAGGAGAGCUUCGUCUACGAGGCCAGCUACGUCGACCCGCGCAGCAAGACGGUGACAAUGGUCAGCCAGAACCUGACGUGGAGCAACCUGGUGCGCGUCCAGGAGGAGGUCGUCUACCGCCCGCUGAGCGACCGCCAGACGCAGUUUUUGCAGAGCGCCCGCAUCACGGCGCUGUGCGGCGGCUGGCAGCGCAUCAAGAACAGCAUCGAGGACACGCUGUGCACGCGCUUCAAGGAGAACGCCGUCAAGGGCCGCGAGGGCUUUGAGCGCGUCCUCGAGAUGAGCCGGAUCGUCUUUGCCGAGGAGAAGCAGAAGCUGCAGCAGCAGAGUGUCGUCUUGAUGUCUUGAACGAAAUCAUGAUGACCCAUCGACAGUCUGUCUCUCUCCUGCUCU